GUCAGCCAGGCGUCGUCAUCGGGGAUACUUGACAGGAAUGGAAACACUGAGUUCACAGUCAGCAAAGUAGACAAACUACUGAGCUUUAACACUAUUAAGGGAGGGCUUUUCUGAAACUUUUUUGGGGGGAUUUGAAACAAGGCAAAAGAAAAUCAAUGAGUUCUGCGGACGACCGACGCAAUGGGUUCAACAAUGAUGAAGAAUCGAGGGUGAAGAGAGUCAUCAAAAAAGUCCACUCUCCUCAUCAACCCCUAAACGAUUCACUGGGGGGGGGGAUUCAGACCUUCCUCAUUGAUGAAGACCAACUCCACACGUAUGAUGACCUUACCAAAGUCAACCCAGUGACCCCGACAACAGUGCUAAAAUGCCUGCAGGCCAGGUACAGUGUGAAGGUAUUUUACACCCAUGCUGGCUGCACCUUGGUGGCUCUCAACCCCUUCCAGCCCAUCCCGGACCUUUACUCUCUGGAUGUGAUGAAAGAAUAUCACUGCGCUCCUCAGCCUCAGGAGUUCAAACCACAUAUCUUUAUUGUGGCAGAAGAAGCCUACAGGAAUGUUCAGGGCCAGGUAGAGCCAGUGAACCAGUCCUUGGUGGUCAGUGGUGAAAGUGGAGCUGGAAAGACAUGGACGUCUCGCUGCCUGAUGAAAUACUACGCCACUGUGGCUGCCUCCUCCUCAGUGGCCAAGAGUCAGGACACGGUGGAAAGGAUAGAGAGAAGAGUGUUGGACUCCAACCCUAUAAUGGAAGCUUUCGGCAAUGCAUGCACGCUACGAAACAACAACAGCAGUCGCUUUGGAAAGUACAUCCAGCUGCAGCUAGACAGGCAUCAGCUGUUAGUUGGCGCUUCAGUCCAAACGUACUUGCUGGAGAAGACCAGGGUCACCUGCAAGCCGGCCGAGGAGAGGAACUUCCACAUCUUCUACCAGAUGAUGAGGGGGGGCACGGAUGAGCAGAAGAAAGAGUGGAUGAUGUCACAGGACCAGAGUUUCGUUUGGCUGCCAAAUUCUGAAAAAGAACUUGAGGAGGAUGAUUUUCAUGAAACUGUGGAGGCAAUGGUUCAUCUGGGAGUCAAAGAAGAAAGUCAAAGACAAAUAUUCAGGAUUUUAGCAGGGAUUCUGCAUUUGGGGAAUGUGAGUUUCUCUUCUUCAGCGGAUGAAUCCAAGCCUUGUGACCUUGCUGAAAGAUCUGAAGGCUUCUUGCAGAGAGCUUCUGAGCUACUGGGUGUCGCUGCUGAGGAGCUUCUGCCUUGUUUGAGAGUGAGGACUCUGAAGGCGGGGAAGCAAAGCGUGCUCAAGCCGUGCCCCCAGGCAGAGUGCAGCGUGAGGAGAGACUGCCUGGCCAAGGUCAUUUAUGCCCAAUUAUUUGAAUGGCUGGUUCUGUUCAUCAAUAAGAGCAUCUGUGCGGACCAAGCCACAUGGUGCAACUUCAUAGGAGUCUUGGAUGUGUACGGCUUCGAGUGUUUUCAAAUCAAUAACCUGGAGCAGCUGUGCAUCAACUACGCCAAUGAGAAACUGCAGCAGCACUUUGUGGCUCAUUAUCUCAGGGCUCAGCAGGAUGAAUACGUGUCAGAGGGGUUGAAGUGGUCCUUUAUCAAAUACCAAGACAACCAGAGUUGUCUGGAUCUUAUAGAAGGAAGUCCUGUCGGUGUGUUUUCUCUUCUUAAUGAGGAGAGUCGUCUUAAUCGAGCCUCAGAUGCAAAAGUGUUGAGGACUCGUCUGGAGAAGGAGCUGUGUGACAACACAAACAUCAGCUGGGACAAGUUCAGCAAGGUCCCACACUUUGCUGUGGCCCAUUAUGCAGGCAAAGUGAACUACCAGAUAGAGGGCAUGGUGGAAAAAAACAAGGACCCGGUGCCACCGGAGCUUGUCAGGCUGCUUCAGAACUCUGACAACCUCUUGCUUUGCCAAAUCUUCACCGACAAAGACACUGAGAACCUACCUAGCAAGGGGCUCAGUAAAGUCACUGUGGUCUCCAAGUUCAAGAACUCACUGGAGAGCCUGAUGAAGGUCCUGCACACCACGACUCCUCACUAUACUCGCUGCAUCAAACCCAACCCUGACUGCAAGCCACUGAUGUUUAAAAAGGAAGAGGUUAUCAUGCAGUUGGAGGCUUGUGGGAUCGUGGAGACAAUUCAUAUCAGCGCUGCUGGUUUUCCAAUCAGGAUUCCCUUUGAAAGCUUCGUGCAGCGGUAUGGACUGAUUUCAAAAUAUUCAAAAUCGGGGUCUCCCAGUGUUGAUCGGGAGGCUGAGGGCAAAAGCACGCUUCAGCAAGAAGUAAAGAAACUCCUCAGUGUGGCGUUGCAACAUCAGUCCUGUGAUGACCACGUUUCAUUGGUGCAUUGUGGAAAGACGAAGGUUUUUCUCACCCAAGCUAUGCUGGAUUUGCUGGAGGAUCAAAGGAGGAGGAUCCUGUCUCAGUGUGCCUUCUCCAUUCAGUGCUGCUGGCUACGACAUCAGCGCUGCAGACGCCUCGCCAGCAGGCAGUCUGCUACUUUGAUCCAAGCAGCGGUGAGAUCCUGGCUGGUCAGGAAGAAGGUCAGGAGAUGGAACAAAUCAGCUGCAGUGAUCCAGAACUCCUGGAAGAGGUGGAGGACCAUGUUGAAAUCCUUGGCCGAGGCAGAACUCGAUGAUCCAAAGGACCUUGAGGAGGAGGAAGUUCCAGUAUUGAACCCGGUUGUGAGGGAACGAGGCUCGGUGCAGCUCUCCAGCAUCCCGGAGCCUGUCCCGGUGAGCGGGUGGCCCAUGGGUCUGGCUCUGGCCUCUGCUCCGUCCAUCACCAUGUCUUUGACGGCCUCAGGCUUCCAGAAGAUAGUUUCUGUGAUGACCUCCCUCAACCUGCCAUCCAGAAAAGGACUGUACAAGGUGGAGACCAACCAGUACAAGCAGGGACUUGCUUCCAUACGGGCUCAGCCCAAGGGAUCAGUAAAGCUGCACUACCAGCGAUCUCCACUUCUGUAUGCGGACAGGCAACCAGACCUGAAGAGUGACGUGACGGGAUUCAAUGAAAUCCUGCUCGAGAAAACAUUGUAAACAUUUCCUCUGCAGACACCGGAGUCAUGUGGUAUUUUAUUCCCUUAGUUUGCAUUGCAUUUAAAACACUAAAUCUUUUUAAUCAAAUAUCAAAAGAUUUGCCAAAACUCCCACCUUUGCAUGAUAAUGCUUUAAUAGAUGGUCGAGUACAAUAAUGCGUUUAACAAAUCAAAAAUCCUCUGUAUGAUUCAGAGAGGGCAGGUGAGAUUUCAGCCCUUUUCAGAAUGUGUGCCAUGUCAAUAUAUAGAAAUUGGGAUUAUUAUGUAAUUUAAAAAAACAACAUAUUUAUAUAUCUAAAGAACUUAAAUUCAUGGCACAAACUUGGCACCUUAAAAUGUCAGGGAGCUUCAGGUUUUCGUCUUGUCGCUGCCUCUUAUAGACAUUUGACUGAUCAAAUAUAUUAGGCCUUGUGGCAAGUGCCUUUUUGAAAAAUCUGGCUCAUUUCACAAAGGAGCCAUCUGCUCACAUAUUUAUCCAGGUAAUUAUCUGUGUUAGACUAUACAUGUUAAAUGCAGAUUCACAUAUAUUUGCAGAAGUAAUUAUCGUGUAUUCAUGUAUUUUUUUCUGUUAAAAAUGACAAGUAUUGCACAUUAAAGCACAUAUUGCACAUUAAAAGCGCACACCUGCACACUUAUGGCAGAGUAACACUAAUUCAGAGACACUUCACUGAAGUGAUACAGGGAAGAGAUUAACCAAGUUUAUUGGUGGUUUGGCCAAGUUACCUGCUGCAUUUGGUGUGCUAUCCACCAAAGUGACGUAAGCAUAAAAUACCAAAGUGUUUUUUUACCGCAGUGUUUGUGUGAGAGAACAAACCUGAUUGUCUUUUCAAUCACAGCUGCCAGAUUUGUGAUUAAUGUUAGCAAAAGUAAGGCAUUACGAUACAACACUUAAGCAUAAGGGACAACUUUGAGAACAAGCUUCUGUUAAUGUUUCCUUUAUGUUGUUUUUCUUUUUAGCUGAGGAUUCACAUGUAUUUGUCAGCGAUGUUAUCAGCUAAGAAUUGACCAUCUGUACAAUGUAGCCAGCUGUUUUUGCUUCAUCCAUUUGUGUUGUAUCAAAGGAUUCAUGUAGAAACUUAAUUUAAACGUAUCAGGCACUACAUUAAAACCACCUGGAUCCAAGUGGAAGCGUCUGUCAUGGAUUGGGAAACAUCCGGCAGAUGUUCAGUAAGAUUAGGAUGUGAGGAGUUUGUCACAUUACUUGAACUGUUCCUGGGCAACUUUUGAAAUGUGGCAGGUUGUAUUGACCUGCUUUUGGAAUAUUGUAUUCAUUCAUCUACAAGUAAUUUUAAUUGUUUUUGAUGAUGAUAAAUGUAUAUUAAAUAUUUGUUGAAAUGAAUGGUCAUGUUAAAAAAUAAACUGAUAAAAUAGUGUUUUCUGCCAUUUUAUCUCGACUUGGGACCAAUUCAAUUACAUUUACGGUAUAUAGCAUCUAUUACAAUACAAUUUGUCUCUCAAUGCUUUUCAGAGACCCAGGCAAUUAUUACAUAAACAGUGGCAGAUAAAAAUUCCCCUUGUGGGAGAAAAACCUUACAAAUAGUGGCCAGGAAAAACUUUUAAGAGGGAAGAAACCUUGAGUAGGACCUGGAU